GCCCUAGCAUUUUGAAUGGGUGAUUCACACACACAAAUCAUCGCAAGAUAAUUUUGCAACCCAUGCACAAGUCUUUAGUAUAUUAACUUCAUUCCACUUCCGAUCGGUUUCAAGUCCUAAAAUUAAUCGGGAAGUACACCAACUUUUGUGUUCACGAACACGACUAUUCAGUGUCUCAUCUUCUUUCUAGUCUAAAGCGACCCCGCAAAAUGGUAAACCCACUUCUCCCAGAAAUGACGGACCUGCCUACAGGUUGGGUUGGUCAAUUUGAUAAUAAUGAUCGAGUUUUCUUCCGUGGUCCUAACGGUUAUUUGACUUACGAUCAUCCUAUGAAAGGUGCAAUUCCGAAGCCUUGGCAACUCAAGGUUGAUAGGUCCGUCCCAAAUCCUCGUGAGUAUUAUUACAACACGCAGACUAGGGAAAAAUCACACGAGAAUCCGCGUUUCAAGGAAGAAGUCAUGAACUCAAGCCUUCUCGGUGUCUCUAGGCUAGUUCGAGAAUCUGCAACUUUGACGGUAAAUACCACGGGAACUGUCCAAGUAUCACGGCACCAAGCUAUUGGGAACAAGAACAUACGACAUCUGUAUACAAUCGUCAAAACACUCGACCCCGGGAAUGGUGCCAUAGGUGGAAUGAACGGUGGAGUUCAUGUUGUUCGACUAAAGGGUACGAAUAAACUUUUUGUCGAGAAGAGAUUCAAGAAAGAUGACUUACAACCCCUGAGAGACGGAAGGCCUGGCAUGGGUGUAGUCGAGAUUGGGAUUACUCAUAGGGUGAUGCAUGGCGGUCUCGCAGGAUAUAUCAAUGGUUUUAUAGAACCAAAUGACAUACAUCCAGCUAGCGCAUCCUUGUUCCUUGAAUUCUGCGACUUAGGAUCCUUGGAUGACCUUAUUAAAUGUCAUGCUCAAUGUCUGGGUACAAAAGAUGCAGUUGAUGUACCUGAACGCUUUGUUUGGCACGCUAUUGUUGGACUUUGUGAUGCUCUUUCCUAUCUCUGGGGCGGAAAGUCAUUCAUAACCAAUGAAAAUCACACAGGAACUGGGCCUGAAAAGGGCUGGAAACCAAUCUUACACCGCGAUAUGAAGCCUGAUAAUAUUCUCAUACGGUCGAGGGCGACGAAUGGAGCUACAAAGUAUCCCUUUCUGGCCAUAAGUGACUUUGGUUUGGCCAUAGAUAAUUAUAAGCAGGGAACUGGAGCUUGCGGAACAAGACACUACUGGGCACCCGAACUCCUAUGGGACCCUCCUGCAACAAACAAUUGGCAUUCUAGUAACUUUCCUCCCAACCAAUAUCAUACCCACGAGAGCGAUCUCUAUUCACUCGGGGUUUGUAUAUACAAUCUCUGCAAACCUACAAAUGCGAUUGUGCAUGGGCAAACGUGGCUCGGAGCACUCUCACAUUUCAAAUACGAAUCAUAUCCAAAAACUCGCGAUGCAAUUGAUCUAUGGUUAUCGUCCCGAAGAAGCCGUAGAUCCGACUUAGAUGUCGGUACAUCAUACUCGCCUUACCUUAGAAACGUCGUUAGGAAAAUGACUGCUUGGAGCGUCAUUCAAAGAGGCGCUGCUCAUCAGCUCGAAAACAUACUUAUUCCUACUGUGAAGAAAUGUGGUUACUAUGAUGAGGACUUCAGCCCGAGUGAGGCGCUUCCGGCUUGGGCCAUUAAAAAGCAUGACUACCAUUCUAGAUAAUGUAUAUCAGAAUUUUCGAGAAUAGCAGUGGAGUGGAGAGUUUCGGAUGUCAGGUUUUUUGAGCGACUUUAAAGUUUGCCGCAUGGGUUAGGCAAGAAGGCCGUGAUAUGUCAGUACAUGAAGAGAUGCAUUCCUUUCUUCUCGAUUUUGAGCGUUAUGGUUCGCCAUAGCAGAAGUGUCAGUACAGUACACUGAAGCUUCGGAGUCUUUAUCCAACUAAACUCUAGAUGCUUCUACUUGAUCAGUGAACAAAACCAUUCUACUAUCCUGAACAUUUACAAUAUUUAGUACAACAAUGACAUCUUGGUCUUGGAAAUGGCGGAGAACAAAUUACCAAUGAAUGUAAAAAUACUACUCUUGAACAAACUGGCAUUACGAAGAGGUUAUUGGAAUUUGAUAGGCAGUUAGCAGAAUAAUAAUACAUCUUCGUUUCCUUUCUGACA